AUGUGUCUAGCAACGCAGUACCUCCGCUCCCGACAGCUGGCCUCACGGCUGCCUGAUGGAAAACAGGCAGAGAUCGAAGUUUUAUCGAUCGCACGUCAGGAAGAGUUGUGGGAGGGACAUAGACGUUGUUUUCGGUCUCUCGCCAGUCAUGACGGCCAUAACGUUGCGGCAUUUGUGGAAGAAGAGGUGACAGGUCUGUCAAUGAACAUCGUCGUACUCAUUUUCGUCACGCUGGCAACCAUGCCAUAA